GUGGACCAUGUGAUGUUGAGGUCAGAAAAUGCAUCUGAUAGUUUUCACAUUUUGUUAUCUUAUCUCUCUCCUCUCUCCUGUUCUGUCUUGGUUACUUUGAGAACAGCAUAAUAUUUUAACUAAUUACAAGUUUACCAAACCAGUUAUCUUCCAAAAUUAUAUUCAAGUUUAACUAUGCUGUUUACCAUUUGUUAGUUGAGGUCAGUAACCAAAUGUUCCUCAUGGGUGAUUAGCAAAUCCAUCCUUUAAGCGCCAUAAAAGGCCACAAAGCAUGCUCCUCUAAACCCUGGGGAAAGAGCAUUAGAAGUGUAGUUAUGACUUGGCCAAGGCAGACUCUCAUUCGACAGUAAGUGUUGCCACAGUGUUUGUCCUCAGCCGUGUUUGGACUACCAGAGAAAAUGGCCAGCAAGUUAACACAAGAGCAGAUCACAGAGUACAAAGGAGUUUUCGAGAUGUUCGAUGAAGAGGGGAAUGGAGAUGUGAAGACACAGGAGCUGGAGAGGCUGAUGAGUUUAAUGGGGAUCAAUCCUACAAAGAGAGAGCUCAGCCAGAUGGCCAAAGAUGUGGACAAAGAUGGUAAAGGGAUAUUUAACUGUGACAGCUUCCUGGGUCUGAUGGCACUGUACCUGGAAAGAACCAAGAACCAGGAUGCUGAACUCCGAGCUGCUUUUAAAGUAUUUGACAAAGAGGCCAAAGGAUACAUCGACUGGAACACACUCAAAUAUGUACUGAUGAACGCAGGGGAACCACUCAAUGAGAUUGAGGCAGAGCAGAUGAUGAAGGAGGCAGAUAAAGAUGGAGAUGGAACCAUUAAUUAUGAAGAAUUUGUGGCCAUGAUGACUGGGGACUCGUUCAAAAUGAGCUGAAGAUCUUGUGGAUAUUCUGCAGCUGUUGUGAACAUGUGUUACAAUUACACACAAUUGUAAAAAAAAAAAAAAAAGAAAAGACAAGUAUAUUUGGUCUUCGACAUUUCUAGUCGUA